AUGCCAAGAACCUAUCUUCAAACGACUCAAUAUGAACAAUUAUCGAAUAUUCGUCGUUGGCAAAUUCAUGCCGGCUCAAAUCAUUUUUGUUUCAAUGGGCAUUGCAUUACUGGAAGAAAUCUUUCCGGUGCUAUUAUUGUCAUCUGUCUUAUUUCUUUAACAAGUGUAGUUUGGCUAGUUUUUGAACUACCUAUUCUUAUGAAAGAAUUUAAUAAUAGUAGUCUAUGGAUUUUAAUUGUUGGUUGUCUUUUAAUUUUGUAUACAUAUAUUUAUUUCUUUCGUUCGAUGUGUACUGAUCCAGGUAUCAUACAACGUCCAUCAUCAAUAGAACGCACAAUUUUAAGAAGAAAGUUAAAUUUAGAUAAAAUCAAACCAAAUGAUUUGAAUAAUCUUAUGUACGAUAUUAAAAUAAAUAAUAUUCUAAUUAAAUGUAAAUAUUGUGUAACAUGCCAAAUGAUUCGACCGCCACGUUCAUCACAUUGUGCUAUUUGUUCAAAUUGUAUUUCUAUACUUGAUCAUCAUUGUCCAUUUUUAAGUACAUGUGUUGGAAUGAGAAAUUAUCGUUUCUUUAUUUUGUUUCUUAUUUUUCUAUUACAAACACAAUUGUUUUUAUUUGCAACAAGUUUGAUAAAAAUUUUAAUCUAUACUAAUGAUCGAUUAUUUUCACAAUCGAUUAUACCAUCAAUUCCAUCGUAUUUUAUUUUAAUUAUAACGGCUUGUAGUGCCCUAUAUACAUGUAAUCUAUUAGGGUAUCAGUGUAUGAUAUCAAGUCGUGGUUUAACAACUCGUGAAGACGACAAAGGAAUUUAUAUGAAUGAAAAUCCUUUCAAUACCAAUUCUUGGCUUAUUAAUUUAACAAGAAAAUUAUGUACAUCAUUACCUCCUAGUGCUUAUGGAGCGCAUCGUUUAGUUAAUCAGGCAGAAUAUCGAUUAAUUAAAGACAAUGUUUAA